AUGAAUACCACACCACCGUUUACCGAUGAUCUAGCUGGGCCUAUUGUGGAUGCUUUAACCGAUUUCGUAAAGGUCCAUCAGAUUCUGCUUUCCACUGUCAUUGGAAAACAGUCUAUCUUUGCCCAGUUUCUUCUCACUGCACCAAUUGCCGCGGCUCUCCGUGCUCUUGAGUCAGAAGUAGAUUUUUUCGCGUUUUCGCUUAUAGCUUUGAUUCCAACGCGUACCUCAUCGGUCAAAGAUUGUCAGCAGAGCCUCGAUAGUUCUCUUGGAGACGCCAUCGCAAAAUAUCAAGCAAUAUGCAUCCCGAGUGUAUUGUAUCCCGCUAUUCCCCCUGUCUGUGUAUCAUUAACAUUGUGA